GUAAUUUUAAAUUUAGGCAUUUUUUAGAUAUGUGAUAUGUGCAUGUGAUAUAUGCAGUUUGCUUCUUUUCCGAUUUUCCAAUGCAUUCCACCGUUUUCGAAUAAAAAAUUAUAAAUCUUAUGUUUUCAGACAAUAUCAUCAUGGCAUUCAAAUACAACAGGAAAUGGAAAUUCCGACGAUGAUUUUAAUUUUGCUGACUUUGCAAUGACCGAUGAUGAAAUUGAUCAAAGAAUGGAAACUAGGGAACAGAGACCAGCACGCAUUUUGAGACAAAGCAAAGUGAACAUUUUAGAAAACGUCUUAAUGAAAUCGGGUAAAGGCACAGAACAACCCCAAAAAAAAACGGAAGUCGAGAAGGAUACUUCAGAUGCCGAAAACAAGGAUGCAGUUCUGGAUUUGCCGGAGAUAAAAAAAAUUACACAAGGCUCAUUGGAAGAGCAAACAAUUGAAACUUCGACGUUUUAUAACAAGAAGGUCUCCAGUUGUCUGCGAAAAAGGAAGUUGUGAUUUAUAAAAGCCGCUUAAAACAAAACUAAAGAACCUAUGUUUUCAUUUCUUUAUUAUUUGUAUGUAUUUCUUAUCCACUUUUCUUUAUUUCAUAAGUAUGUAGUUACUUUGUGUUUAUUAUAUUCAAUAUGAAUGCAAACAAUUGAUUUUUUAAUACAAUGAACAUAAAUUACAUAAGUUACAUAAAUUACAUCUGGUUUGUAAUUUUUGGGUAAUUUUACACGUGUAACUUACAAUUUCUGAAAUUACACGUAAUUUCAC